AUGGACGCCACCACUACAACAAACACUUCAACGCCGGGAAUCCUGAUCAACAGCCAGGCGUCUACUUCCCAAGCCGGCGCCACGGCAAAUGCGUCCAACAUGGCGAGGUUUAGACGGGAAUCGAUCGCACACUCGCAAGGCAUGGGCGGGGUCUCUUGGGGAUCGCUCACAAUCGGCUCGUGGCUCAGAGAUGAGGUCAUGAUCCAGGCGCACAUGUCGAACGGUGCGGCGAAUGCAGGCUCCUCGGGCGGAAACGUGAUUAACCUCUCUAAUGCUAGUUCAUUUUCGCCGCCAGGGGCGUCAUCGGCUUAUCUGCCCAACUUAGAGAAACAGUACUGCAAGGAUUACUCCUGUUGCGGGCUGCUUCUGCCGGGAUUGCACGACUUGUUGAGGCAUUACGAAGAGGCGCACAUAUCCACCUCUCCCGGUACCAUCAAUACCCAUGCGUCUUCCAUGGCUGCCGUGGGCAAAACCUUGGGUGGCGGCCAGAUGUCAGGGAACUCUUUGCAACAGCAAAAGAGACGAAUGGCUGCACUGUACCAGCAGCAGCAGCAGCACUCGCACCAGCAACAGCAUUCGUCCCAAGCCCACGCUUCACCGUCCUCCCAACAACCUGCCCAGCAUCAUCCACAGCAUUCCCAGCAGCAGCAGCAGCAUCCAGAGAUACAUAACCAGCUUCAGCAUCAGGUGCAACAGCACCAGCAACAGCAGCAUCAGCAGCAGUUACAUCAACAAGAAAGACAACAUCUUCAACCACAGCAGCAGACGCAUCAUCAGCCGUCGACCUUACAAGUACAGCAACAGUCACCUCAUCACAACCCAAAUCAGAUACAGCAUCAGUUGCAACAGCAAAUGCACCAUCACGUCAUGCAGCAACAAUUUCAUGAUGCUUCGCAUAACUCUUCUGUGGGUGGCACAGGUAACGUACAACAACUUCAUUUGAACGGGAACUUAGUAGAAGCCGUUUCAACUAAUGAAGUGUUCUUGCAAACUGGCGUUUCUCAACAGGGAAGGCGCAAUAACCCAACGCACACGACUCCAUCGGCAGGUAAUGUCAAUGGUAAGCUUCAGGCGGCUUUCAAUAAUUAUUCUUUGAAUAUGCAACCCAUGGCGAAGCACACCAUGGGGGGCACUGUUCAUCAACAACAAGUACAAAAUUCUCAGCGCCUGAUGGGAAAUUCUGUUGGGGUAUCUUCAAAUAAGCGCCAUGUCUCUUCGCAUGCCAAUACUGCCGCGGCUGGUAUUGAUUUGGAUUUUAUGGAUGCGGAUAUGAUAGACGACUUGCAUGAUAGCAAUGCAAUCAUGGGGGGAGCCCCCGCUGCCGCUGAUCCUAGCAAAGGUUGGAAGCACGUUGGCACAGGUGUAGGAGAAAAGGCCACUUCACACAGAGGUGAGAUGAUCAGUUCACAAGAAUCGGACGAUAGCAGUAUGAGUGAAGACGAUGACGAAGAGGAGGAGCACAACAUUGCCACUCCUACAACUAUUGGCAAGCGGAAGCAACAGACAGGUUUUAUAGAUGACCCGGCUAGGAGGCUCUACGUGAUGGACCAUGAAGAACAUAAGCCUUUCAAAUGUCCCGUCAUCGGAUGUGACAAAACUUAUAAGAACCAGAACGGCUUGAAGUACCACAAAUUACAUGGUCAUCAAAAUCAAAAGUUGCAUGAAAAUGCUGAUGGGACCUUCAGUAUCAUAGAUCCGGAAAGCAACGAGCCUUAUCCGGAUGGCAUGGGAUUUGAAAAAGAUAAACCUUACCGUUGCGAGGUUUGUGGUAAAAGAUACAAGAAUUUAAAUGGUUUAAAAUACCAUAGAGGACAUUCAACGCAUUAA